AUGAAGAAAUCUCCAUCUUUUUCUUGCUCCUCUUCUUCUUCAUCAUCUUCAUGCAUUGAACAAAUCCAUGAAGAAACAGAGAAGCUAAACCUGAAGCCGAAACCAAAGCCCAGGCUGAAACGUGCUAGCCGAGCUAAGAAAAUUGUAAAUGCUGAUUCACCAAGUAAUAAUUCAUCUACAGCUAGAAGAAGCUCCAUUUACAGAGGCGUAACCAGGCAUAGAUGGACAGGAAGGUAUGAAGCUCACUUAUGGGACAAGAGUACUUGGAAUAGCAUUCAGAACAAGAAAGGAAGACAAAUUUAUUUGGGAGCUUAUGAUAGUGAAGAAGCUGCUGCUAGAACUUAUGAUCUUGCUGCCCUUAAGUAUUGGGGACCAACAACUAUACUUAAUUUUCCGGUGGAAAGAUAUAGCCAAGAGUUUGAAGAAAUGCAGAGGCUAACAAAGGAAGAGUACUUAGCUUCAUUAAGGAGAAUGAGCAGUGGAUUUUCAAGAGGUGUUUCCAAAUAUCGUGGCGUAGCAAGGCACCACCAUAAUGGUCGAUGGGAGGCGCGAAUUGGACGGGUCUAUGGAAAUAAGUAUCUCUAUUUGGGAACUUACAGCACUCAAGAGGAAGCAGCUGCAGCAUAUGAUAUGGCAGCAAUUGAGUACAGAGGGCCUAAUGCAGUCACCAACUUCGACAUCAGCAGAUAUGCAGACCAUUUGAAGAAACUCCGCGAACCAGAUCUGUUAACAAAGGAGGAAAACACAGAGUCCUCUGCUGAAGUUCAAUCAAAUGAGGUGAUAGAACAGUAUCAACCGGUUCAACAAGAAGAAAACCAAUUGGAUUAUCAGCUAGCGGAAUUAGCUGCAGAACCAACAGUAGUACCAAAGUUGGAGUUUACGCCUGCACUUGAUUCUGAUGAAGUGACUCAACCAAAAGUUCUGAAGUUGGAGUUUGCUCCUUCAUUGGAGUCUGCUGCUGAUAUAAUGAAGGAGAAGGAUCACGAGGCGGAAGAGGACUACCCGUGGAUGAACAUGUACUUGGACAACACAUUUGAUUCGCUCCCAGUUUCCGACUUCUCUCUUGAAAAACCAGCAGACUUGAUGGAUCUUUUCAAUGACAACAGCUUUGACAACAACAUUGACUUCAAUUUCUAUGAGCAAUCAAGUGAGAAUGAGUUCAACCUGAAUGUAUUCUCCGACAGCAUGAUCAUCGAUGGGAUUGAAGCUGAUAAUGAGGAAGUAAGGAACAAUCUGUCCAUUUCACCUACCUCAUCAUCAUCCAUGUCAAGAACAACAUCCAUUUCCAACGACAUGAAAGACGAUGGAGGUUUGGCAUCUUCGACGAUGUAAGAUGUUUGGAGUAAGAACUCAGCUUGG